UUGAAAAUUUUAUGUGUCAAAUUGGUGGACCAUUUUGAGUCGAGAUAGUCGAAUUAAAUCACAACAGCUGUUUUUGAGUGAAAAUUUUUUUUUCUGCUGUUUCUUUUAUCUUAAAAACAGUUCCAGUCUUGAUUCAAAAUGAAUCCUGAUCUUUGUUUUGGGGAAAAUCCUACAACAACAACAACAACUACCACCACUGUGAUACAAUCUGAUGAACAAAAUGAUCAACCUUCUCCCGAACCAUCUCUUAUAAUUGAAUUAAAACAAUCAGAAAAAGAUAAAAGUGAAAAUGAUAAAAAAGUAAAAUUUACUGAAAAUACUAUCGAUAAUGAACAUUUGAAUCGAAAAAAAUCCAAAUGCUGUUGUAUAUAUGAAAAACCGAAAAUAUUUGGUGAUCCAUCUUCGUCAUCAUCCGAUUCUGAUUCUGAUAAUAAUGGUGAUGAUGAACCGGAUUGUUGUCCAAAUCAUUGUCAUGGUCCUAAACGUUAUCAUAAACAAGUUUAUAAAAAACAAAAUGGAAAAUCUAAUGACAAUAAUAAUGAUAAUGAUAAUAAGGAUUGAUUGAUUGAUUUGUAUUUUUUCUUCGCCUGAUUUUAUCACUUUAUCCUUACUUUACUUAACUGAUAUAUUUUCAUUUCAAUUUUAUCAGCCUUUUUUUCUUUUUCUGGUUUGUCUCAAAUU